CACCUCAUUCACACAACAAGCCUCUGUCGGCCAUCUUGGCAAGUGCAAAUGUGGACAGACAGACAAGACAGUUUUGGAAAAGUAAUGCAACAUCGUGGAAAUAAGCUUGCCACAGAAGACCACCAUGUGUUUAUCACACUGGUAUACAACCCACCCCCAGUGGUUGUCAUCGUAACUUCCUAAGAACCAGAACUAAAGUCAUGACAUUUUCAGUGUCAUCAACACAUCAAAUGUUUGACAUCAUCACGCUGCCAUCAAAGGAACAAAGAGAAGAACAUGACGAGUCCCAGUCACUGUAGAACACCACAGAAGAACAACCAUGGAGACAACGGGGGACUGUGAAAUCAAGCUGUUGUUGAAGCACCUGUACAAGCUGGUGGACAAUGUGGACAGUGGAGUGGACCACUUAGAGACAGAGCUGUGGGAACUGAAGGACGUCCCGCAGCUGCAGCUCAUCAGUCUGAGGGAGGAGCUCGAGCUCUCCGACAAACUCACAGAGAAGCGGAUCAACAACCUGAGGGCACACACCAAGAGGCUCUCUGAUGAACUGGAGGAAGAGAAGAAGAAGAACAAGUGUCUGACUGACAAGCUUGAGAAGGAGCCCACUUACAGACUGCAGCUGCAGGCAGAAAUCAAGAAGAACGAGGCUGUGACCAAAAUGUACGACUCCUUGACCAGAAAGAUGGAGUCUGUAAGCAAAGAGAACGAGUCCCUAGCCAAAAGGAACGAGUUUUUGUUCAGAAGGUUCCAGCCUCAGAGCAAAAACAACGAGUCUCUCACCAAGAAGAACGAAUCUCUGACAAGAGAGAUGGAGUCACUCAACAAAACUAAUGAGUGUCUGACCAAAAGGAACGAGUUUCUGACCAAAAGAUACAAGUCUCUGGAAAAGGAAAAUGAGUCUCUGACCAAAAAGAAUGGGUUUCUGAUGAAAAGGAACGAGUCUCUGUCCAACAAGAACGAGUCUCUGACAAAAGAGAACGAGUCUCUGUCCAACAAGAACGAGUCUCUGACAAAAGAGAACGAGUCUCUGUCCAACAAGAACGAGUCUCUGUCCAACAAGAACGAGUCUCUGACAAAAGAGAACGAGUCUCUGUCCAACAAGAACAAGUCUCUGACAAAAGAGAACGAGUCUCUGUCCAACAAGAACAAGUCUCUGACAAAAGAGAACGAGUCUCUGACAAAAGAGAACGAGUCUCUGAACAAAAAAGACGAUUCUCUGAUCAAAGAGAACAAAUCCUUGACGACAGAAAAGGAGUCUUUGACCAAAAAGAACCAGUCUUUGACCAAAAAGAACCAGUCUUUGACUGAAGAGUACAAGUCUUUGACCAAAGAAUGCAAAUCUAUGGUGACAGAAAAUGAAUCUUUAACCAAAGCCAACAAUUUUUUAACCAAAGAAAAUGAAUCUUUAACCAAAGAAAAUGAAUUUUUAACCAAAGAAAAUGAAUUCUUAACCAAAGAAAAUGAAUCUUUAACCAAAGAAAAUGAAUCUUUAACCAAAGAAAAUCAGUCUUUGACCCAAGGGAACCAAUCUCUAACCAAAGAAAAUGAAUCUUUAACCAAAGAGAAUGAAUUUUUAACCAAAGAAAAUGAAUCUUUAACCAAAGAAAAUGAAUCUUUAACCAAAAAAAAUGAAUCUUUAACCAAAGAAAAUGAAUCUUUGACCCAAGGGAACCAAUCUUUAACCAAAGAAAAUGAUUCUUUAACCAAAGAAAAUGAAUCUUUAACCAAAAAAAAUGAAUCUUUAACCAAAGAAAAUCAGUCUUUGACCAAAGAGAAUGAAUCUCUGACAGAAGAAAACCAAUCCAGAAACAAAGACUAUGAGUUGCUGACAAAACAGAUGAAGUCUCUGACGAGACAGAAAGAGGCAUUGACCAAAAGAAUUCGGUUUGUAACAAACAGGAACAAGUGUCUGACCAAAGACGCCAACGUACAGGUCAUGCAGGAGAAGACGCAUUCUUUGUGGAAACGAGCUAAGCAGUUUUUAAGUAUACAGAAAAAAUGAGACGACAUCUACCUUCAUUUAUUCAUUUAAAAAAAGGAACCAA